AACUCACUACUUUGUCAACGAUACAUCCAUGGCUACGCCAUGAAUCCACUACAAGCAGGCUGAAACUGGAAACCACCAUUAUGACGCUAGAAGACUUUGAAAAAUCGCUUGCGGAGGAUCGCCAACGGAGGGACUCCGAAAACCACAAAGACCGCUCCCGAUCACGCCGCCAUCAUCAUCACCAUCAUAGGCAUCAUCAUCGCAAUUCGUCUAGAACACGCGACAGACAUAGCGAUCGAGGCGAAGACAAAGACGACGACCGCAUACAUAGGCAUAAAAGAUCGCGAAGAGACGAAAAUGACGACGAGGGCGAGAGCUCUCACAAGAGACGGCAUCGCCAUGACCGCAAUCAUGGUGAUGAUCUUGCCCAAGACGAGGUCGUAGAGUCGGCUGUCAAAGUCAGUGCGCAUGACUUGAAACGUGAUUCAUGGAUGCAGCCACCCUCUGCCGACGAUAUCGAGUAUAAACACAGACCGGACAAAAGCACCCAAAAGCAGCCUGAGUCGAGAUCGCUCAGAGCCGAUGUCGAAUUGAAAAUCCACGAUAAGGAACUUAAUACCCAUCUACGUGAUAUAAAGGAAGAGAAGUCUCCCGAGAAGAUUGAGAAUAAGCCUGCGCAACAUGAAGUCAAUUAUACCUUUGGCGAUGCGGGUUCACAGUGGAGAAUGGUAAAAUUGAAAGCUGUGUAUCGAGAAGCCGAAGAGUCAGGCAAAAAGGUGGAAGAUGUCGCAAUUGAACGAUAUGGCGAUUUACGGUCUUUUGAUGAUGCUCGAGAAGAGGAGAUUGAACUGGACCGCAGAGAAAGGUACGGAGAGUCAUAUAUAGGAAAGGAUAAGCCCAGCGGAGAGCUCUUUCAAGAAAGAAAGCUCGAUCAGGGCGUUCACAGGGAUCCUCAAACCCGUGAUCCUCGAGAUAUAGAAUCUCCUGUUAGAGAACAAGGCAAGCCGAUGGACACCGUUGAGCCUACGAAAACAACGCAGCAUCUGGAUGCCACUGCCCUCAACAGGCUUCGCGCAAAAAUGAUGAAAGCAAAAUUAAAAGGCUCGCCCGAAGCAGCCGAGUUGGAGGAACAAUAUAAUGCGGCAGCGGCCUUGAUGGCGAACCGGAAAGAAGGCGACGUUGUUGUUCUCGGUGUUAUGGAGAACAGAAUGUUAGCCGGAAGCUCUAGAAGCGAAGUCAAACCCGUUGAAAAUCGCCGAGGCCGUGAACGUGGUCAAGUAGAGGAGAAUGAGGAUAUGUCGAUUGAAGACAUGUUGGUAGAAGAGCGACGCACGCGCGGCCAAGCCGGCGGAGAAGGUAUGCGACUCGCAGAAAGGAUUGCAAAGGAUGCCAAAUUUGAUAAUGAUUUGGAAUACAUGGACGACAAUGCGGCCAAACUCGCUAGACGAGUACAAAAAUCAGAACUAAACUUAAAAAAUAUAGCCAUCAGCGAGUUCCACAAGAUGAACAGAAUUUUGGAUAAUUGCCCACUGUGUCAUCAUGAAGAUACAAAUACACCCCCAGUGGCCCCGAUUGUGUCAUUGGCAACACGUAUCUACUUGACUUUGCCAACGGAACCUGAACUCAGUGAAGGAAGCGCUAGUAUUGUUCCCAUCCAACAUCGCACGAAUUUGAUGGAAUGCGACGAUGAUGAGUGGGAGGAGAUUCGCAAUUUCAUGAAGAGCCUCACGCGGAUGUACCAUGACCAGGGCCGGGACGUGAUCUUCUAUGAAAAUGCAGCGCACCCAGAUCGAAAACGUCAUGCAUCCAUGGAAGCAGUUCCUCUACCAUAUAGUUUAGGAGAAACCUCUCCAGCUUUCUUCAGAGAAUCUAUACUGGCGGCAGAUGCUGAAUGGACGCAACAUCGAAAAUUGAUAGACACACUAGCAAAGUCUAAACAGGGAUUGGGCAAGCUGGCUUUCCGUCGGACCUUGGUGAAGGAAAUGCCAUACUUCCAUGUUUGGUUCGAGCUCGAUGGUGGCUUAGGUCAUGUUGUGGAGGACCCUCACCGAUGGCCUCGUGGGGAUCUUUUCGCCCGAGAGACGAUAGGGGGGAUGCUGGAUCUUCCUCCGGAUAUUAUUAAAAAGCAAGGCCGGUGGAAUAAAGGCGGUGAUCGACGAGUUGAGCCUUUUCGAAAACGCUGGCGAAAGUUCGAUUGGACUCGCGUUCUCACCGAGGGCCAAUAGUGGGUUUUCUCACUAAGAUCCCAUGUUGACAGAGGGCGUGAUCCGGGCCAACUCAUUUUACGGAUCACCCUAGGAGUUCAUCUGUUCGCUGAAUCCAGGUUUCAAUUUAUAUGUUUCGCGACCAAAUACCUGAACAGCUCCGACAUGGCUAUCACAAUAUGACAACCCAAUCUAUGGCUAUUAGAAUUAGGUUCUACGAUCUGUACACCAUUCUGCAAUUUCAUAUGACCCAAACCCACCAGUUGGAUGAAGUUCCUAAAAACAACAUCUUUCAAUAAAUUGUACCUGGCCAUGCCUACGUAGUAACAGAAAACC